AAGCUAGUUGACGGAAGUCGUGCUGCCCCUUUCCAAGAUGGAGGACAACAUGGCAGAUGCAAGCAGACCCCAAAUGUUUUUGUUCGGCUGUACUUUAACAUCAGCCAAACGGGAGCAUAAAGUGGAAGUAGAUGAUGAUGAUGAAACGGAGCAGCAGCUAUCCCUCAAAGCAGUGUGCCUUGGAGCUGAUGUAGAGGAUAAGUUUCACAUGGUCGAAGUUGAAGGGCUCACAUUUGAUGGAAAAACAACUACAGUUCCACUGGCAGCUCUGAAACCUUCUGUUUUACCAUCUGUCUCACUCGGUGGGUUUGAGAUCACCCCUCCAGUUACCUUCCGACUUCAGUCUGGCUCUGGCCCUGUUUAUAUCAGUGGGCAGCAUUUUGUCGGUGUUAAGGAAUCAGAUGAUGAAGACGAAGAGGAGAACAACACAUCACCAGUAAAAAGACCUGCUGGACUCUCUGGGAAGAAACCUCCAUUGAAAAAGUUGAAAAUGGAUUCUGAUGAAGAUGACAGUGAUGAAGAGGAUGAUGAUGAUGAUGAGGCUGAUGAUGAUGACAGUGACGAAAAUGAAGCAAAGUUACCAAAGCCCUCCAAAUCCGACUUUAAAAAGGGCCAGCAGAGCUCAGGAAAGAAGCUGAACAAGAGUCCAGAGAAAUCAGGAAAAUUUGGAUCUUCAGCAAAACCACAAUCAAAGUCACCUGCCUCGGGGAAAGACAAAGCCCAGGCCGGGUCUUCUAAAUCGCCUUCUGUGGUUGAGAUUAAGAACAAGUUGUCUGCGGCUGUCAAGGAGGGCAAACCCUUACCCAAGACAGAGCAGAAGUUGGAAAAUUACGUCAAGAAUACCUUUAGAGUAACAGACAAAAAUGUGGUCAAGGAGCUCUGGACUCAUGUACAGACACUGAGGACGGCCAGCAAAUAACUACAGUUUAGUCAGUCCAAACGUUUUGUAUUCUCAUUGGUUUUAAAGGCACACUCUGUGAAAGAUCUGAAAAUCUGUAUUACCCCUUGAUAACUUCAUAUGUUUUUUGAAAAAGUAGCUUCUUCUGAGCAUUCAGUAGGUGCUAUAUAAAAUAAUAUUGUAAGGUUGAGAAGGUGUUGAGGUUAAGAGAGUAAAAUAAAUUCCUUAGCCCGUUUUAAUAUUCUUUAACAUGUAGUUUUAACCCAGUUUGUAACUUUUGAUAAUUUGCUUCUUCUGAUGUCCUAAUGACAUAUAUUUGGUUCAAUAUUUAAUUAUUGCAGCAUGUGGGAGCCUAAUUGAAAAUGCACUGAAGGAGCAUGUUUCAACAAUAGACUGUAUGUAGACGUGGACUGUGAAAAUGUGACAUCACUCAUCAACCAAAGAGCCAAUCAGGAGCAAGGUUGUUGAAAGUCCCUUGAUAAAAUCUAGUAGGUAACAAAGUACAAAAAAUGGGAACUAAUGGCAUAACACAUAUGCAACUUUUUGGGCCCCGUGAGAUUGUUGAUUGAUUUUUUUUUAUGAACUGUCCCGUACCGUGUGUUGUGUGGAAUGUGUAAAAUGUUAAUGCAGAAUGUGCCUUUAAAUAUAAAUACUGUAACUGUAAACGGAAUCAAAAUCAGGCAACUAUUUGUUUGUUGGCUGCAUUCACAUUGCAAGCUUUGUCACCAUAAAUUAUGUUUAACCUUUUGCCUAGUUCCCUCCAAUGUGCAUCAUAACUGACAGCUGUCUUUGCAGUGUGAAAGUUGAAAAUAACUCUUAGUAAUAUCAUGAUUAAUUACAAAGACGAUAUGUGAAGAUUUAAAGUAGAAGUUGCAUUGUUUUAAAGUGGUGUUUGUCAUUUUUAUACCUUUUGCCUUGAGCAGUUGUAUUUUGUUGUUUCAAAUACAUACCUAAGAUAACUAGCUAAAAUUCUAAAUACAUUUCAAUCCCUUAAAUGUACGUUAUAAUAUCAGUGUUUAUGGCAAAACUUUAUACAAAUCUAUUAACAUGCAGUAAUUUGACAAAUAGCGUCUAAUAAAAAUGUAAAGAUAUGGGAUGUUAACACGCUCCAUAAAGCAAACUAGUAUUUACACACAUUGUUAAUUAUGAAUACAGCUAAGACGUUAAGGAGGCCUGUCUCAUGAGGUCAUUACAUAAAGUACUCAAAGUCUAGCAACACAUAUCAUUAAUGUCCCACGUUCAUGUGUUUAUGAUCCUGUAUAAUGCAUUUUAUGAGCCAAAUGUUAGCCAAAGUAUGAAUUCUUUUUUUCCAACAAAUUGCAUUGCUUAAAUUGAUUUUGUCCUUUAGCAGUUUAACAACAAACAAUAAUUAACAUUAAAGGUGCUGUACCAGAUUUUUUCAGUUUUUAAAAAGAGAAAAACAGUUCAUUUUAAACAGUUUGCAAUGGUCCAAAGUGACGGUAAAGCUAGCAUAACAACUCUCAUGCUCAUGUCCAUUUCCUAAUUGUCAGAAAAUGCGCAUAAGGCUUAUUUUGACUUCAAAAGCUGCUCGUACAAUAUAUCUGUACUGGGGCAAAACAAACAUUGAUGAAAUAUAUGGUAAAAAUCAUGUAUUCAGCCUUUUAAUGGUCUCAAAAAAGAAAAAAAAAAAAAGUUAUUGUUGACAAACACAAAAUUUAAAAAGAUCGUAUUUUACGUGUUGGCAGCUGUCAGAAAGUUAUGCUAUUUCCGCCCAUGUUUUCUUGCAGCCUCUCUAUUGUUAUCAAGUUUAAUUAGUUUUCCUGUUGCAUCGAUGUUUUUUUUAUUAAAAGUUCUUUUCAAAAUGUU